AUGACUGAUACUAGCCUUCAUACAUUCAUUAAGUCGCUCACAUUCUCGGAAUGCUGCUCAGGGAUUAAGUAUGGGUUGUACUUCUCAAGAGCCCAUCUCUUUAAUUCGUACUGUUUAAUUCCGGUAGGACUCAUCAUAAUCUUCACAAUAUUGUAUGGAUUGAAUGUGUUCCUCACACAGACAAUAAAAAUUACUUUCCCGAGUUCUGUGUUGGGAAUGUUAAUAAACUUGGUAUUAUUAUGUAUACUUAACAUUUUGGCGAGCUUAAACACCGACAAGAAUAAAUGGACUGGCAAGAUUGCAUCAACUUCUAAUUUUAUCUUUGAUAACUAUUUGAGGAUUAUCAAACCACCAAUGAACUUUACAUUGAAAUGGAUCAAUGUCUUCUUUAUACCUUCAUUUAUCAUUUUACCACUCUCUGAUGCAAUUACUUUCAUUGAGUGUUUGAAAAUUGCGGGGGUGUUUCUCUUUGGAUUCUUGUUGUUAUUCUGUGUUGACGUUUAUAUGAUAUUGGGCUUGCAAUGGUUGUUGAGAAAUUUUGGAUUAUUAAAGUACGAUAAUGAAGGCACUAGUCUGCAUCUGGCUCAUUCAAUCGAAUUAAAAGAUAUUUCUAAACUGAGCUUGCAGGAAGACAUUGAAGUAAGCCAAGAACCUGAAACUAGAGGUGGAGUCUUCACCAGCAUGAGGGAUGAUAUCACAACGAUUGAAUUGAACAAAACGAUUGAAGCUUCCAAUGCUGAGGAAAAUUCUGAAAGGAGGUUAAGCUCUGAGAAUCCAUUCGAUUCAGACAUUAUUUCUCAACCUGAGAAGGUAUAUUUAAGAGAUGGUCGUACUUCUAUACUCCCAUCUACUAUGGCUUCUUCAAAUGCACCAACUGGGACAUUAACGCCUAUAUCUGGAGAUGAAAGUCCAGACGAUGAGGAAUCCCAAUCAAUUCCCCCCUCUUUAACGACUACAAAGAGCGAGACUACCAAAGAAUCGAUCAUGAAUAGCCUUUCUCCUAAUACUCAAAGGCUUACGAUCUUCCUAACAAAUUAUAUUGAUUGGAUUCUUUACACGGUCCUUUUCAUAGUGUCGUUGCCAUUAUACUAUAUAACUUCCAUUCACACUUUCCUCCCCUACCAUUUGGGUGUUACAAUCAUCUCUUUUUAUAUUGCCUUGCUUAUCCCACAAAAGUUUCCCGCUUUGAAGAAAAUUGCCCACCCUAUAUUAAUUCUGACUGCAGAAAUUUUGUUCGUUCUCUUCAUAGGUUCAUUGAUAUAUCACAAAGGACAGCCAAAGGGUUUUAUUGACGAUUUGAAGUACUAUAAAACUGGAAAGAAUUACUUAAACUUAUUCAAUGACAAAGUGUUGGCCGAAAGUGGAAACCUAGUGGGCAUUAAUGAAUUACCAGAAGAUGAUCGUACUGGAACACCAAAGUGGCCAGGAUGUGGAGAUGUUUUAUCAUCAUUAAUGGAUAUUUCUAUUGUUUCAUUGCUGUUACCCAUGUUUACUCAUAGAAAGGACUUUACUAGAAAUUUUUGGGUCCUAAUGCCACCACUAUUGGUUUCCAUUGCAUUAACAUUCUUUUGCUAUCCAUUAUUUUGCUACCACAUCGGAAUAGCACCCACCAGAGCGAUAGGGUUCAUCGGAAGGUCAGUGACUUUAGCUCUCGGUACUCCUUUGAUCACCUCAUUGGACGGCUCAGUCUCACUUAUGGCUUGCUGUACUAUUUUGAGUGGGAUCUGUGGAGUACUUGUGGGCGAUCAACUAUUUAAGUUCUUAAGGGUACCGAAAAACGACUAUGUUACCAGAGGGGUUAGUCUAGGCAUAAACUGUGGGGCCAUUGCAACUGCCCAUUUAUUAAAUGUCGAUCCCAGGGCUGCACUGAUGAGUUCAUUAGCAUUUAGUGUGUUUGGAACAAUUAUGGUUAUCAUGGCUGCUAUUGUCAGCGUAAAGGAUACAAUUAACAGCUGGGUUGGGCUAUAA